GCCGGAGCGGGGCGGUCACGUGACCCGGCGGCGGCUCCCGGCGCGGUGGACGCUGGAGGCCAAGAUGGCGGCGGAGCUGGUGGAGGCGAAAAACAUGGUGAUGAGUUUCCGAGUCUCAGAUCUUCAGAUGUUGCUGGGUUUUGUUGGCAGGAGUAAAAGCGGACUUAAACAUGAACUAGUCACCAGAGCAUUGCAAUUGGUCCAAUUUGACUGCAGCCCUGAAGUCUUCAAGAAAAUCAAGGAGCUCUAUGAGACUCGCUACGCCAAGAAGAGCUCCGAGGUGGCUCAGCCCCAGCCCCAGCAGCACCGCUCGCCGGAGGCGCUCUCCAUACACUCGUCCUACGACCGCGGCAGCGCCGUGGCUCGGACUUCUAUCUCCACCACAAACAUUGACUAUCCCACGCUCUAUGGGAAGUAUCUUAAUGGACUGGGGAGGUUGCCACCCAAAGUUGCAAAGCCUGAGGUUCGCCUGGUGAAGCUUCCCUUCUACACGACCUUGGAUGAACUGCUGAAGCCCACAGAGUUAGUUCCACAGAAUAAUGAGAAGCUCCAGGAGAGUCCCUGCAUUUUUGCAUUAACACCAAGACAAGUGGAGCUGAUCAGAAAUUCCAGGGAGUUGCAACCCGGUGUGAAAUCUGUUCAGGUUGUGCUAAGAAUCUGUUACACAGACACUAGUUCUCCUCAGGAGGAUCAGUACCCACCCAACAUCGCCGUGAAGGUGAACCACAGUUACUGCUCAGUGCCGGGCUACUAUCCAUCAAACAAACCUGGAGUGGAACCCAAAAGGCCCUGUCGACCCAUCAACCUCACCCACCUCAUGUACUUGUCUGCAGCGACCAACCGCAUCACCGUCACCUGGGGGAACUACGGGAAGAGCUACUCCGUGGGGCUGUACUUGGUGCGGCAGAUGACCUCAGCAGAGCUGCUGCAGAGGUUGAAAACCAUUGGGAUCAAACACCCAGAGCUCUGCAAAGCACUUGUAAAAGAGAAGCUGCGCUUGGAUCCCGACAGCGAAAUUGCCACCACGGGGGUUCGUGUCUCUCUCAUCUGCCCACUGGUGAAGAUGCGGCUGUCGGUGCCGUGCCGGGCAGAGACCUGUGCACAUCUGCAGUGCUUCGAUGCUGUCUUCUACCUACAGAUGAAUGAGAAGAAGCCCACAUGGAUGUGUCCUGUCUGUGACAAACCUGCACCCUAUGACCAGCUCAUCAUUGAUGGGCUCCUGUCAAAGAUCCUGACGGAAUGUGAAGACGCAGAUGAAAUCGAGUACCUGGUGGAUGGCUCCUGGUGUCCCAUCAGAGCUGAGAAGGAGAGGAGCUGCAGCCCUCAGUGCCCCAUAUUAGUUCUAGGUUCUUCAGAUGUGAACGGGCUGCUGCCCACUCCCAACGGCAACGGCGAGAACGGCAAGGCCAGCGCUGACGUCGUGGAUUUAACACUGGACAGCUCCUCAUCGGAGGAGGAGGAGGAGGAAGACGAGGAGGAAGAUGAUGAUGAUGAGGGACCCCAACCAAAACGACGCUGCUCUUACGAGAAGGGUUUAGUUUCUGCCUGCUGACUGCAGAAGCAGCUCUGGAUCUCAGAAUGGACAGACUUGAAUACUCUGGUGCUUAUCAAACUGGAGGAGGGGAGAAAAAAAGUCCUCUCCCACCUCAUCACCCUCCCUCUCAUCUCCUUUUGACUUUCCUAUUCCAAACUAAUGGUUAAAACGAGAGAAAAACAAACAAACAACCACCACAAAGAUAACAGUGAACCCAGAAACCAACCCCGACCGCAGAGAGAAAGAAACAGACAAACCACUUCUUGGUUGGAAAUCGACCCCAGCUCAGAGCCUGAGCCUGAACUCUGGAGCCGGAAGGAAAGGAAGGAAGGAAGGAAGGAAGGAAGGAAGGAAGGAAGGAAGGAAGGAAGGAAGGAAGGAAGGAAGGAAGGAAGGAAGGAAGGAAGGAAGGAAGGAAGGAAGGAAGGAAGGAAGGAAGGAAGGAAGGAAGGAAGGAAGGAAAGGAAGGAAAGGAAGGAAAGGAAGGAAAGGAAGGGAAGGAAGGAAGGAAGGAAGGAAGGAAGGAAGGAAAAAAGGUGUCUGGAAGCAGGCAGUCAGAAUCCACAGCUCUGCCCUACAGCCAGGCUGCUCGGGAUCGGCGGAGCUGAUCCGCAGGGACAUCCUUAACCCAUCCAGCCACCCACCCUUCCAUCCACCUCCCGGCGUCUCCAAAGCUGUGUUGCAUUUUCAAUUGUCUUGUUAAAUAACCAUUCCUUAAUUAAGA